AUGGCCACGAAGUUGACAAUCUCACUAGCAUUGCUCGGUUCACUAAUUCUAGCAUUGGUGAUCAAAUCUGAGGCUGGAAAAAUUGCCAUCUAUUGGGGUCAGAACGGUAACGAAGGAACUUUGGAAGAAACUUGUGCAACUGACAACUAUGACUAUGUUAACAUAGCUUUUCUCCCAACCUUUGGCAAUGGCCAGACUCCAAUGAUCAACCUCGCGGACCAUUGUGACCCAUACACCAAUGGCUGCACCGGAUUAAGCUCCGACAUAAAAUCUUGCCAAGCGAAAGGCGUGAAAGUACUGCUUUCUCUUGGAGGAGGGGCUGGUAGCUACUCACUUGCCUCUUCUGAGGACGCUAGGCAGGUUGCAACUUAUCUUUGGAACAACUUCUUAGGGGGGAGUUCGUCGUCUCGCCCACUUGGGGACGCUGUUUUGGACGGUAUUGACUUCGAUAUUGAAGGAGGAACAAACCAACAUUGGAAUGAACUUGCCAAGUACCUUAAAAACUACAGCAAAAAGGGCAAAAAGGUUUACAUAAGUGCAGCCCCUCAGUGCCCUUUCCCUGAUGCUUGGAUUGGAGAUGCACUUAAGACUCACUUUUUCGACUAUGUCUGGGUUCAGUUUUACAACAAUCCGUCUUGCCAGUACUCCUCCGGGGACAUAAGCGGUCUCGUGAAUGCAUGGAAGCAGUGGACUUCAGAUAUUCCUGCCAAGAAGAUUUUCUUAGGACUGCCCGCCGCUCCUGAAGCUGCCGGAAGCGGCUUUAUUCCUGCGGACGAUCUCUCUUCUCAAGUGCUUCCCGCAAUUAAGGGUUCUUCAAAGUAUGCAGGAGUUAUGCUGUGGUCUAAGUACUAUGAUGACCAAACCGGAUAUAGUUCCGCCAUUAAGAGCCAUGUCUAG